AUGCUGGAAAGAACGGCUGCAAGUCUGGAGCCAUGCAACUUCCAAAGGGUUCUCCCUCCAACAAAGCUUCCCUUCAAGUCACGACGACGCCUCCAUACUGCUUUCUGGCAACAUGGCGCUGCCGACAUUGAGCUGUCCAACGUCUGGCACGCUCUCCUCCGCGAACCACUCGAGUCUCUCAGCAUCCUGUCCACCCCACAGUCCGCAGGACCUGACUCGUCGAACCCCUCAAUAUUCUUGCUCGACUUCCUGUACCCUCAAGGGGCUACCUCCCUCCUCAGAAAGCUGUCACCAUCUAUCCUAGACAAGUAUGGGCGGCCGAGGCUCCAUUUCCGUGGCGCGGUACCACGGCUUUUCACUGCCUCAGCAUCUCCUUCUCAACAACAACUUCCGUCCCCACCUGGGGACAUGAGAGUGGCCUCAGAAGCGGAAAGUCCUUCCACACAAGAUGAGGUUGAUCGGCGAGCGGAUGACGUCGGCGAGGAGACUGAGCUAGGAAAUGAAGGGGCCUUUGAUGAGACCGAAAAGCAUACACGCGAAGAUACUCCUCACGAUGGGUCUACCACAUGGAAACCUUCUCCUGAAUACGUAUUGGGCCGACUGCGUGACCUCCUGCGAAGAAAUCAGGAGGCCGAUUUCAAUGAUGUCUGGCAGGCCUACCAUGCUAAAGUUCACUCACGGGAGACUCGAGAAGUCUAUCGUCCCCAAUUUCUGGACUACAUCACGAAAUACAGGAGCAAAUCAUCUUUGCUAGCCUUGUGUCUCAAGUUUCACAACCUGAAAACGGUCUGGGACGUCUGGGCACGCUUCCCCGAAGCGCACAGCUCGAAGGCUCUCAAUUUUGAUGACAUCGAACGAUACAUCUCGGUGAAUGAGCUGAUGAAAGGGCUCAUAAUGCUGAUCAGGAGGGUACAGCACCUCGAGAAGGUCGCCAUCCCGGGCACAGACCCAGAGCUCUCCAAGAGCUUGAUGAGCCAUUUCAUCUACCCUUGUAUCCACCGGUACACAAGGCGCUGUCACCCGGACGAUUAUUUCCAGCUGCUCAAGCUCUUGAAGGAUCCCAUCCUAUACGAAGACUUCAUAGGAUAUACCUCCACGUCUCAUAAGUUUCGGCUCGCCAACGACCUGUACAAGCAGUAUCGUCAGCUGCCCGACGUCAAGAUACGCGGCCACAUAAUGCACAAGAUGAUCGAGCUCGUCUACAUCCCUACUGACGACGCUGCAGGCAUGGAACUCGUGCUCGUAGAUUUCUACGGGCGAUUCGGCAGGCUAGACAUCGGGGCUUAUCGCAGGUAUAUGGAGUUCUACGCGCGGAGGGGCGAUGUCAAGUCGGUACAACGGUUGUGGGGCGAGUAUACGACUUAUUACGCUGAGGAGCGCAAGCCCAAACGAAUCGUUGAGGGCAAAACCUUGAGUAACAAGCCUGACUUUCUGCCUAUGCUCCACGUCCAUGCCGUUCGAGGCGAGCUUGGCCAGGUACGCCGGAUCUUCAGCCAGGCCCAGACCAUUCACGGCUCGAGGCUCAAUGUCGUCUGCUGGAACAUCUUACUGAAUGCGCACGCCAAGGCUGGCGCAUACGACGCUGCUGUUCGUGUGUUUGGCGUGAUGAGACAGGCUGUGUCCCUGGACCUAUACAGCUAUGGUACCAUGAUGGGCAUGACGGGCUCAAGGGGCGACCUCGAGUUCACCCUUGAGCUGUAUCGUAUGGCGAAGAACGACGGUUUGAAGCCCAAUGUCACAAUGGUAGACUGUGUUGUCGAGGCCUACUGCCAGAACGACAAAUACAACGACGCCAAGAGCAUCGUUGAAAUGACUACGCAGAAGGGUCGUUUCAGUCGAAAGGAACUUGCGAUUCUUUGGAACACUUUACUCUAUCACCACGGUAUGCGCCACGACUUGGUCACCGUCAAUGAAACCUUGGGCGAGAUGACGCGGUUUCGGAUCGGAUACGACGGCGAGACUUAUGCACACCUGCUGCGCGGUCUAGCUCUUUGCCGACAACCUCACCAUGCUCUCUACCUCGUUCAAGAGGCUGUGAGAAGUAAGACGUGGAAACCAACGUUACAACAUUAUGCGCUUCUCAUGAGCUCCUUCAUACGGAGUGGUCAGCCCCGUGAACUGCUGAGAACCAGCACCAUUCUUCGAGGUCUCGGAUUACCGCAGAACGGAGAGAUGCUUCUGAAAGUUCUUCAAGCUCUUGGCCAGUGGGCCACCAGACAUAAGGAUGCGAGCAAGUCGCGGGCGUACCUCGUGUCGGCGUUGCGCCAGUUCAGAAGAUCCAUCGAAUGGGACAAGGAGCCUCACAAGGCACUCCUCCAGCGUCGGAGCGUUGACCAGCCAUGGGUCAAGCAGGCACCUGAUCCGCCGACCGUUUCACUGCGCAACGAACAGGCAAGCGUCCUUAUCUUUACGUUCACGCAGAUGAGAGAAUUCACGACAGUCCAAGACGUCCUCGAUCUGUGGCAUUCCUCAAGCCCCGAAACGUCCGACAUGCCCGAACCCCCCCUGAAGCUCCUCGAAGCUCUGAUGCUCUCCGCCUUCUACCAGCACAGCUUUGAGGAGGUCCAAGAGAUCUGGGACAUCAUCUUCAACCGAGUUCUGGAACUGUCCCGCGUAGCUGCGCCCGGCAUGAGCCGCGCCGAACCACUGCCAUCCAUGCGUUACAUCCUCACCGAUGCGCUAAAAACGAUGCAGCGCACGUACGCCGCCCAGGACGAUGCUGACGGUCUGCGUAAGACCAUCACGAAGGUCCUCCGUGCCGGUUUCAGGCUGGACAGCAAGAAUUGGAACUACUACGUUCAGUUCCUCGUCAGCAUGAAGAAGUGGCGCGAGGCCUUUAUGGUCUGCGAGGAGCAGCUUAUGCCGUACUGGCGCGGGUGGCAGCGGGUGAGGGCCAAAGUAACCAAGGCUCGGGCUGUGUUGCCGCUCGAGAUGCGCAGGAAAGGGAUGAAUCCCCAUCUGCCGCGGCCAAUCUCCUACACGCUCAUGGUGUUGAGCAAGGCGUACAUGGACCUGGAACAGAUGGCGGCAUGGUCUACCGAGGCGGAACGACUGCUCAAAUACAUCGUGUCCAAAUGUCCUAGUGCCAUAUCCGCCGUAACGACCCAGCUGCGCUCGAGCUCUCCGCUCGAGGAGAAGCUGCUCACGACCGACAAGGCGACCGACGCGAAGGAGCAAAGAGAGAACGAGGCGCAGAAGAAAGACGAGGAGGAC